UUAUAACCUCUGGAUUUGCCUUGAAGGUCAAACAUUCUUCAAGUACUUUUAGAAGUGUGUUUUUUGUUGUUUUGGACCAAACAAUCUAACCUCUUGGUCAACGGUCUAAUUUUAAACGAAAUGCUAGUUGGGUCGUACGCCACGGUAUUUCCGAUCCGCCCUGUACGUGUCACGUAGCCCGCGUCCCGUCCGCCUAGAAACAGCCCGUCGUCGACGCGGCAACGCUGUCUCGCAACUACCGGUCGAUCAGCUGUUCGCUGUACACCGGCUCACUUCGCGUCUAGUGCCGGUCCGUGCCGUUCGCCCCCGAAGCUGAGGGCUCCUUUGUCUCCCGUGAGGGGCUGAUCUAUGUCCUGAUGGAGGCCAAGGACUCUUCGCGGCUGCAAGCCGUCUUCAGCAAGCUCUCGGGGGUUCUGCCCAUCAGCAGGGAGGACCUCAGGCAUCAUCACUACCCCAAAACGAUGUCAUCCGAUAUCAUUGAGUCCGUGCUGUCCGCUGCGAAUGAUACCCCCUUGCCUCAGGUGCCUACAAAUUGGAACCAGAAUGACGUGAGCAACAACGCGAACACCUGCGGCGGCAGCGUGACCGGUUUGACAGGUGAAGGAGGUGCGGCAACACCGGGAAACGAAGAGGUCGACUGUCAAUCAGCUGUCAUCGUGAAUACGCUGGCGCAACGUUUGGAAACCGAGUUGCGAAGGGCGAAACGGACGCAUCUGGCUUGCGGAGAGGUGCUGCUGCCGUGCGGUCUGCUGCGCCGCAUAGCGCGUGACGUGCUGUCGAUGGCCGAGUGCGAGCCGUGCGGCGUGCGCGGUUGCCGGUUGUACGUCAGCUUCGAGGCGAACACGAACGGCGCAGUCGGCAACGUCGCAGAGGGCGCUUGCAUCGCGUGCGUGCAGUGGGACCCGGCGACGGCGGCGACGCACGAGCUCUUCUUGACGCUCAGGCAGCAAACGGGGGCCGGGUGGCAGUUUUUGCCACAAGUUAUCAGAAACCUGACUCGAGGCGGUACAAUAAUCGUAAGCCCCGCUUACACGUUGAGCAAAAAGAAACUGUACCGAUCGUACAGAGAGGAGUAAAACGCUAAGAGGGAAUACUGGUAACGUAUUUACAAGACUGACAACAACAAAAAAUAUAUGAAAAAAAAGAUUGGAAACAUAUUUUACUGGACAUUUUCAUGUUUGUAUUAUUUCGUACGUACUAACCACCAGUUCACCGAUUACUUAAAACUGUCGCAAAAUAUUGAAAACUUGGAAACUUUUCUGACAUGGUGAAACCAAUUAAAUAGAAUAUUUGAAGUUAAAAAAAAUCUCAAAGAUGACCAAUUCUUGUGACAAAUUCGUAAAUCUGACAACACUGUACGUGAACUGUCAUUGAAUCAUAUCAAACUAUUUCUGAAUCUCUCGAGGACCAGUUUCGCCGUAUUUGCUUAUAUAGUUAGGAGGCCAUUUUUCAAGAAUCUCAUUUUUCCGUAUUUUGCGAUGGCUUAGUAACUAAUAAUAAUAUGAUAUAGGCAUAAACGUGAUAGUUAGAUAUAGUAGGAAAAACAAUUGAUAGCGCACCGCAACCCACGAAUAAUGUAGCAGUUCUUAGAACUAAUUGCCCCUCAUUACCUGUCCUCAGCUCUGAAGGUCGUUCAGUGUUUAUUAAAAAAAAAAACUUGCGAGAUUUCAUUUGUUUUUGACAGACGAAAUCAAGGUAUGCUCAAAUUUCAAAUCACAAAAUCGUUUACUACUAUGUAUAUCAAAUCCCGAAGCUUAAGGAAAAAUGAGAAGUAUCGCAACAUCGCAUCUGUUUCAAAUCCCAAACUUAGAGAAAAAAUCAGAGGUACGGCAACGUUGCGUUCCAAAUCUCCAGCUUAAAGAAAAAACUCCAAGUGCGGCAACACUGCAUCUUCCUAAUCCCGAACUUAAGAAAAAAUGAGAGAUGCGGCAACGUUGCAUGUUCAAAAUCUCCAGUCUCAGGAAAAAAUGAAAGGUUCUGCAACAUUGCCUUCCAAAUUUCCACCUUUUACAGAAAAUCCAUCGUACAAUCUGUGUCUUUUAUUAUUUAUUGCAUAUUUUUUUGUGUUCCAUCAAAUUUGUCAGUCGUAUCUGUCAACCAAAAGGGUUGUUGUUUCAAACUAUCAUUGGACUCAGUUUAGUAUAAUUAGAAACGCGUGAUCUGCAACUGAUUUGCUUAGAUUUUCAAGUAUGUGUAAAAUAUAUAAUAUGAGGAUAUUACAAUCAAGUUUGGCUAUAGAGAGAACGACUUGUAAUUAACAUCGUUUAAAAGAUCAAAGCUCGGACUUGAAAUAAAUGAAUGCACUUAUUCAAAGAUCAGGGAUUUUCCACAUUUGCUCGGUGGAUAAAUUGACUGCAAUUAAAAUCGGUAAAGUAGUGCUUAAAUUGCAUUGCAAAUACACAGUGACAUUUACAUUACACAAGUUCAAACCUCUACGUCUCAAACUGUACGAAAUAUCUCACCCAACCAAAGCCACAGACAAAGAGUGACACCGUUUUUGUGAUGUAUAUGUACGAGUCAUCUGACAUCUUAUCUGAGCAUACCUUUUUUUACGUUAAAAACAAAUGAUUGUAGCAACACAAACUUCGUCUUGCAAACAUAUUUACGUCACAUCGCUUGACACAUUGGAGAUUUGCGGACGAAGUAUUAAGGUACGUUUACACGUGGCGAUUCAUAGCAAGCCAUUGCGAUCUUGCGACAAACAACUCCCGAUUAAUGUGAACGAAUAUUCUAGCAAUCAAAUCGUGCCGAAGAUAUUGCACAGUAUUAAUAACGGAAUACAGCUGACGGAAACGGAAAGUCGCGUGAGAUUUGUUGCCGCAACAUAUCGCCACGUAUAGACACACCUUCACUUUUUGAAGACUUAAAUGUUGAAUAUUACACGAAAAACUUGACUGAAUGAUUUCAUUGUGACUAUCACAACGAAAUAUUUUUUUUAAAUGUUAGUUCUAUCGGCGUAAGCUCAGUACGCUGUAUCCAAGAUGGCGUUGGACCUGCUAUUUUCUAAGGAGAACAGAAACCAGAAUAGGCAUUCAAAUGUCUAAAACAGUUUGCUUGAGUUCUGUUCGAAAAUACCGUGUGAGACUAUCUUCUCUUCUCCACAGCGUGUUGAGAUUACUUCGAAGCCGAAUCUAUUAUCAAAGGUCCAGUUGUUUGGCAAUCUAUAAAUACCAGGGACGUACUCCGGCCGAAAAGAUAUCGUCAAAAUUUAUAGAAUAAUGGAUGCAAUUUUUGGCUUCUCCGAUAUUUUUUUCGAUUUGUCUGAAGAUUUCAAAUUCUUUCAGAUUUGUUGCCAAUCGAGAAUGUUUUUUUAUGGAGUCUAAUUUAUUUUUUGAGUUUUGACGAUAGCUUUAAAUGUUUUUUAGGCAAUACAAAACGUCCCUGUUAAGUAUACAAGUGAUAUUAGGGUGAUUUUUUUAUAAGUACCUGGGCAUAUAGGACCAAACCACAGGUUGAAUGAUAGGAGAUUUUCUCUGACAUGUCGGUUCAAAUCGUACAUUUUAUUGCUCCAUUUUGUGUUGCAAAUAGGUAAUGUCAAAAAUUGGUGAAAACAUGUUGAACAUGAUUUUUACGCAAUAUUUUGACUGUAUACGUCACUUAACAAUUUGAAAUUUAUUCCGGAUGAUUUAAAAUUUUCUUCCAAAUGAACCGGUAUGCCAGCACGACCAAUAUUUUCCAAAGAAUAUGAAAAACAAAUCAAGAUUCCGACCAAUUUUUUAUUUUCCGAAGAUAAAUCGUAAAUUAAAUCGUGUAUUGUGAUCCGAAUUAGUGCGUUUUGGUCCUGAUGCUAAAAAUUCUUUAUGUGUAAUGAUGGUAUGUAGUUUCAAAUGGAUAUAUCUUGUGAAGAGUAUGAUCAAAAAAUAUCAUUUUUGUUUUUUUUUUUUUUUUUUUUUUGGGGUAUUGGAUACGUUUGCGUGUGUCAAUGAAUAUGUUUAUUUUGUAUUUUCAGUGUAUUUUGGUUAUUAGAUUGGACUGAAAUAAAAAUAUCCACGAAAUGCAAAAUAUCGCAUAUGUCCUGCAGUAGUUUUUUCAUCGAAAAAAAUUUCAAACUAACACCAAUACAAAAAAAUCAAAGUUAAUUCGUUGUGAAAAUAUCCACACCAAAAAAUACCAUUUUUUCAGUCCAAUCUAGACAUGCUUGCCAUAUAAAAACUGUUUAAUCUUUUACCACAGAGACUAUUGCAGUAGUAACGGUUUUUAUUUGAGCUAGAAACCAAAAACGUGCGUUUUUUUUGUUCAAGUAUACAGUCACCCAAAAAUACAGUUCCAUCUUUUGGCAGUAAUCUCACUCAUUCUUAUGAUGAUGAUAGUAAUAUAGCCCAACCAUGACCAGCUGUUUUGUGCUAUUUGGUAACUCAUCAGCAUGGUCUAGGCUCUGUCUCAGGAGGACAACGAAAUAAAUCUUAGUGACUAUCCUCUAUCCAGAUAUAAGAUCUAUUUACUAAUUUAGGUUAUUCUCCUGGAGAUGUAAUCUCAUUUGACCACAAUAACUACACGUUCAAUUUUUCUUAUUGGGUGACUGUAUAGUGCAUAGAAACUGCUCAUAGUUUGUGAUAUAUAUCUGUCAUAAUGAUAAUCAAAAUUAUUUCCUAAUCAGUAUUUUGAAAGCGGUAUUGACAGUUUUUUUGUAUAGUUAUUAUUAUUUCUAUUAUGUACUAGGUUGUGUAUAUUAAAUUUAACAUUUGAUAAGAUUUCUCAUAUAGAUAAGAUCAUGUGUGAUAGUACUUAUGUACAGCUUUUUGUACUUUAUCAGAAAAUUUAUUAUUGAAUAUAUGUAAAACAAAAAUGUGGAAAUAAAGUUAUAUAAUACAA